UGGCAUCAUUUACCUCGCUAAUCUUCUUCCCGUACGUUUCUCCUUCCUUUUUCUUUUUCCCUCCUUCCUUUGUCUCUCAUUAAUUCUGCUCUCUGCUUCAUCAAUUUUCUUCUCUCUUCCAAAUUAGAUAAAUAAAUAAAGCUCAAAUACAUUAACUUGUGAACAAGGCGGUGUUGUUGUAUCAAGUCUUCGAGGGAGUAAGAUGGUUGGAGAAGCAACAAACUUGAGGAGAGAAGACUUGAACUUGUGCUUUGAGAAGUUGAUGAUGGUGGGUGGUAAUAAUAGUGGGGUUGUGAAAAUGGAGGGUUUGCCAAUCAUCGAGUGGAAAGAUAUUCCCAUGGAGCUCUUGUUGAGGAUCGUUUCACUUGUUGAUGAUCGGACGGUCGUCAUAGCUUCUGGGGUUUGCAGUGGGUGGAGAGAUGCCAUAUGUUUGGGCCUCACGCAUCUAUCCCUCUCUUGGUGCAAGAAAAACAUGAACAAUUUGGUUCUGUCGCUUGCCCCAAAAUUCACAAAACUGCAAACUCUGGUGUUGCGUCAGGAUAAACCACAACUUGAGGAUGAUGCAGUUGAAGUUAUUGCAAAUUCUUGUAAUGAUUUGCAGGACUUGGACCUUAGCAAAAGCUUCAAGCUUAGUGAUAGAUCAUUAGGUGCAUUGGCUGAUGGUUGUCCUAAUCUUGUUAAACUCAACAUCAGUGGGUGUACAGCUUUCAGUGAUCAUGCUCUUGCAUAUCUCACUGAGCAUUGUCGGAAACUCAAAAUUUUAAAUCUUUGUGGAUGUGUAAAAGCUGCAACUGAUUAUGCAUUGCAGGCUAUUGGACGUAACUGUGGCCGGUUGCAGUCUUUAAAUCUUGGAUGGUGUGAGAAUGUUGGGGAUAUUGGAGUUAUGAGUUUAGCAUAUGGAUGUCCAGAUCUCAGAUCCCUUGACUUGUGUGGCUGUGUUCACAUAACAGAUGACAGUGUGAUUGCAUUGGCAAAUAGGUGUCUCCAUCUGAGAUCCCUUGGCUUGUACUAUUGUCGCAACAUCACAGACAGAGCAAUGUAUUCUCUGGCCCAUAGUCGAGUGAAGAACAAACCUACGAUUUGGGAAUCCAUGAAAAAGAGUAGGUAUGAUGAGGAAGGACUUAAGAGUCUCAAUAUCAGCCAGUGCACAGCGCUCACCCCUUCAGCUGUUCAGGUAUUAUGUGAUACAUUUCCUGCACUCCAUACCUGCUCUUGGAGGCACUCUCUUGUCAUGAGUGGGUGUUUGAAUUUGACAUCUGUACAUUGUGCCUGUGCGAUCCAAGCACAUCGCACAGCGAACUCUAUUCCUCACCCAGCUCAUUGAAUCACACUUUAGGUUGAGAAUCCCUUGAUCAAGGCUCGAGAGAAGGGAAUAUAAUGGCCCUGUGUUGUACUUGUACAUAUGGCUGUGUUGAAUAUUAGGACUGUGGCUUUUUAUUUUUCUUGCUAUGCUCAAAGCUGUGUUGGAUAGUUGUGCUUUAAAUGUUGAGGACAUAUAUGCCUUGUGUAAUUACAUUCUACUUAAAUAUUCCCUAAUCAGUCUGAUGAAAAUCUGAUUUUGUUCGUGGAAAAA